AUGAAGCUCGUCGACCACGUGGUAAGGAGCUUCAAGGUGGCCAAGGUAUUCCGCGAGAACACAGAUCGGAUAAACAGUAUCGAUUUCUCGCCCAACGGCGACACCCUGAUCUCCUGCUCGGAGGAUGACCAGAUCGUCAUAUACGACUGCGAGAAGGGUACCCAGGUACGGACGGUCAAUUCCAAGAAGUAUGGCGUCGACUUGAUACACUUCACCCACGCGAAGAACACCGCGAUACACAGCAGUACCAAAGUCGACGAUACGAUCCGCUAUCUCAGUUUACAUGACAACAAGUAUAUACGUUACUUUCCUGGUCACUCGAAAAAGGUAGUGUCAUUAUGUAUCAGUCCUAUCGAGGAUACUUUCCUCUCUGGUUCCUUAGACAAAUCCCUGAGACUGUGGGACCUGCGCUCGCCAAAUUGUCACGGGGUUAUGAAUGUCUCAGGACGGCCAGUAGCAGCAUAUGAUCCCGAAGGUCUUAUCUUUGCAGCUGGAGUCAAUUCAGAAAGUAUCAAGCUGUAUGAUCUGCGCAGCUUUGAUAAGGGUCCAUUUGUUACCUUCAAGCUGUCACAAGAGAAAGAGUGUGAUUGGACUGGAUUGAAGUUUAGCAGAGACGGCAAGACCAUCUUGAUCUCCACUAACGGUAGUACAAUUCGUUUAAUUGAUGCUUUUCAUGGUACACCCUUACAGACUUUUGCUGGACAUCUCAACAACAAGGGAAUUGCCAUAGAGGCCAGUUUUAGUCCGGAUUCUCAAUUUGUGUUCAGUGGCUCCACAGAUGGUAGGGUACACGUAUGGAACGCGGAGACCGGUUACAAAGUUUGCGUGUUGAAUGGUGAUCAUCCGGCACCAGUGCAGUGUAUCCAGUUCAAUCCCAAGUACAUGAUGCUGGCGUCUGCAUGCACCAACAUGGCUUUCUGGCUACCUACCAUCGAUGAAAAUGCAUAAGACUAAUUUACAAGAAAUGCA